UGAUUUAUAUCACGCACUUUAAAUUUUGAAUAAAGUAUGAACGACAUUAUCAUGUCAAGCGAAACGUGUGCAACACGCCCGGAAAUCCCGUAUCAGUUGGUUGAACUGCUUAAUGAUAAGCGAGCUACCGAAAUCCACCUGGCCCACCGCACGGAUGAUGUUCAACCCGUUGAGAUCGUGGUGAAGAAAGUCGAACUGGAUUUCGACAGGGAAAACGCCUACGCGCAGGCCGCUUCGUUGGACGCCGAUUUGAAGUAUAUUCUUAGUUUUGAUCAUCCACAUCUGGUGCGUCAUUUGGCACAUUAUAAUCCUCUACAGGCCAACCAGUUGGAAGAGUCGCAUUACAUAAUCAUUAUGGAAUAUUGUUCCGGCGGGAAUCUGCACGCGGCGGCUCAAUUCCGCAUUCCCGCGCCACUGAUCCAGGAAUGGACACGCCAGAUUGUGGACGGCUUAGUUUAUCUGCACGCCCAAAAUAUCCUACACGGCCACAUAAAGGGCAGCCGCGUUCUGCUAAGCAAUCAGGACUGGAAUACCUGCCAAAUGAAGAUUGGUCAUCUGGACGCCCCACAUCGCCCCCGGAGAGAGAUGGCUGUGCGGCAAGACACUGGCAGGUAUGCCUUCAUGGCGCCGGAGAUGAUUGUGGGAGAUGACCCCGGCCGCAAGGCGGACAUCUGGAGUGUCGGCUGUGUGGUGUUGGAGAUGAUCAGCGGAUUCCUGCGAUUCGUCAAGGAAGUGGCCGGGCAGCAGGUGGACGUCAUUACCGAUACGACCAUCUUGUACUAUGUCGGCACAGGCGGUUCGCCGAGAAUACCGCACGAAGUGCCGAAUGAGUUGCGGAUGUUUAUUACGGACUGCCUGCAGCGUGAUCCUGUAUUACGACCAACAGCUGCGGAUCUUCUGAACAAGACCUUCCUGACCACGACUGACGUGACCCAAUGGUCCGACCUGCGCCCGCAGCGUGCUUAAUGGGUAACGGUCGCGCCAGUUUCUUUAUCGGCUUCGAGUUUGUUUCUAGUUAUUCCCUACGGCAGUUUAUUUUUGUCUAGCAGAAUUAAUGCUACAAGCGUCCAUGAAAAGAUGAAC